GUGUCAUUGUCCGAGUCUAACACUCCCUCACUCACUAAAACCGCUUUCUCUCUCUCUCUCUCUCUCUCUCUCUCCUAUCUCCCUCCCUCCCCUUCUCCCGUGGAGUCCUCCUUUUCCGCUACCGGAUUCAGUUUCCGAUCUUUCUGGAAUUUCCUUUCCCCUUCCUCCCUCCUUUUAAGACUCACAGUUUGUUUGGGGAACAAAAACCUAAACCAGCUCUUUCUUGAUCACGUAGCUAGGCCGGGGAUUCGAAAUACGCUUCUCCUAAGGAAAGAGAGAUCACAUCACAUAUGAUUUAUACAUAGAGAGAGAGAGAGAGAAAGAGAUUCGAGUGUGCCUUUUUGGGCGAGGUGGAGAAGAAGGGAGCGAGAGGUAGUGGUAGUGACGAAGGAAAUCGCUGUAUGUCAGCUGAUUGUGAGGAGUCUUACCUUGGUGGAAUCGGCGAGCUUGUGAACCCCUUGCAAUGGCCUCAGCUUCGCAAAAAGCGAAGAUUCCUUCCUCUGCAUGUUGCCGCAAUGACUCCUCCUCCUCCGGUUCAAUUGUUCGCCGUCAGGCUUCCGCCGCCGGUGCUCAGCCAGAGAAUGCCGUGCAGGAUUGGAUCGUCUCGUCCCGACGAGACGAUCAGUAUGCCUCCAAGACUGAUAUCUCGUCCCUGAUUUCUCCCGUCGAGCGCCUUCCAGAUGCUUCCCCCAAAUUGCCCGCUGCCAAACCUGUGAUGCCAGUCAUGUUGAGAGCGCAAAGCAGCCAUCCAUUGGACCCUUUGUCAGCAGCUGAAAUUUCAGUAGCAGUGGCGACUGUGAGAGCUGCUGGAGCCACUCCUGAGGUUCGAGACGGCAUGAGAUUCAUUGAGGUGGUUCUGCUGGAACCUGAGAAACAUGUCGUUGCACUGGCAGAUGCCUAUUUCUUUCCUCCCUUUCAGCCAUCAUUGCUCCCUAGGCUGAAAGGUGGUCCAAUAAUUCCCACCAAGUUGCCUCCCAGGAGAGCUAGACUUGUUGUUUACAACAAAAUGUCCAACGAGACAAGCGUAUGGAUCGUGGAACUAUCGGAAGUGCAUGCUGCAACUCGUGGAGGGAAUCACAGGGGAAAAGUGGUAUCAUCUGAGCUUGUUCCGGAUGUUCAGCCUCCAAUGGAUGCUGCAGAAUAUGCUGAAUGUGAAGCUGCCGUGAAAGAGUACCCUGCAUUUAGAGAGGCAAUGAAGAAACGGGGGGUCGAUGACAUGGACCUAGUUAUGGUUGAUGCUUGGUGUGUUGGUUAUCACAGUGAAGCUGAUGCUCCUAACAGAAGACUGGCCAAACCUCUUAUUUUCUGCAGAACUGAUAGUGAUAAUCCAAUGGACAAUGGUUAUGCACGGCCGGUUGAGGGAAUGCAUAUACUUGUUGACAUGCAAAACAUGAAGAUUAUUGAAUUCGAAGAUCGAAAGCUUGUCCCAUUACCGACAGCGGAUCCUCUAAGGAACUACACUCCUGGUGAGACAAGAGGAGGGGUUGAUCGCAGUGAUAUCAAAGCAUUGCAAAUUGUUCAGCCUGAAGGUCCAAGUUUCCGUGUUAGUGGCCACUUUGUGGAAUGGCAGAAGUGGAACUUCCGCAUCGGUUUUACACCUAGGGAGGGGUUGGUCAUACACUCCAUUGCAUAUACCGAUGGUAGCAGAGGUCGUAGGCCUGUGGCCCACAGGCUAAGCUUUGUCGAAAUGGUUGUGCCUUAUGGAGAUCCUAAUGAUCCACAUUACCGUAAGAAUGCAUUUGAUGCAGGGGAAGAUGGUCUUGGCAAAAACGCCCAUUCUCUUAAGAAGGGAUGUGAUUGUUUGGGCUACAUCAAAUACUUUGAUGCUCACUUCACAAACUUCACUGGAGGUGUCGAAACCAUUGAAAAUUGUGUAUGUUUGCAUGAAGAGGAUCACGGAAUGUUGUGGAAGCAUCAAGACUGGAGAACAGGAUUAGCUGAAGUGCGGAGGUCCAGGCGUUUAACAGUGUCUUUCAUAUGCACAGUCGCAAAUUACGAAUAUGGAUUCUUCUGGCAUUUUUAUCAGGACGGGAAAAUUGAAGCUGAAGUGAAACUGACCGGAAUCCUGAGCUUAGGAGCAUUGCAACCUGGAGAAGUGCGGAAGUAUGGGACAAUUAUUGCGCCUGGGCUGUAUGCACCAGUCCAUCAGCACUUUUUCGUUGCUCGAAUGAACAUGGCUGUUGAUUGCAGACCCGGUGAAGCUUAUAAUCAGGUUGCUGAGGUGAAUGUCAAAGUGGAGGCACCUGGUGAAAACAAUGCGCACAACAACGCAUUUUACGCUGAAGAAACGGUGCUGAGAUCAGAGUCACAAGCCACGAGAGACUGUAAUGCUUUAUCGGCUCGACACUGGAUUAUAAGGAACACUAGGAUAGUGAACCGGACGGGACAACUGACUGGGUACAAGCUAGUGCCGAGUUCGAAUUGCUUGCCGUUGGCCGGACCGGAAGCCAAGUUCUUGAGGAGGGCAGCCUUCCUGAAGCACAACCUGUGGGUGACAGCAUAUGCAGCGGGCGAGAUGUUCCCCGGAGGCGAGUUCCCGAAUCAGAAUCCCCGGGUCGGCGAAGGUCUGGCCACAUGGGUCAAGCAGGACCGCCAAUUGGAAGAAGAAGACAUCGUCCUUUGGUACGUGUUUGGCGUGACGCACGUCCCAAGGCUGGAAGACUGGCCGGUGAUGCCGGUGGAGCGGACCGGCUUCAGCUUGAUGCCCCACGGGUUCUUCAACUGCUCGCCGGCGGUGGACGUGCCGCCGAGUGCGUCUGAGCUGGAUGCCAAGGAAAGCGAUGUCAAGGUGGAGAAGAGUGGAUUGCUAUCCUCCAAGCUCUAAAAGCUAAACCCGUCUUUGUCGGUCAACAGUAUCCUGCGUCAACACACUUUCUCGUCUCUCUGUGUUAUCGCUCCCUUAUCGUCGUCUUCCUGCAGCUCUUAUCAUGUGAGAUGUGGAUUAUCAUCAGCUUUGUCGUUUUGCGCUCAACUUGUUUGUCGUUUUUCUUUAAUAUAUGUUCCGUAAUGUGUACUUAAAAAGGUUUUGGAUCUGUGUGUUCGGGUUUUAAUGAAUCGAAUAAAUAAUUAAUGACGUUAGAAAAAGAAUAGUUGCAUGUUUGUUUGUUUGUUUGUUUGUGGUGUUGCGUGCUCCAGUUCCUCUUUCGUUAACUCAUUGGAGGCAGCACGAGGACGACCCACCAAGUCACUUUCUCCUCUGCAAUCGUCAUUCGUCUUUUAUAUAGCCUUUAUAUAAUAAUAUUAUGUUUACAUUAUCAUACUUGCUAGCUCUUAUCAAAUGAAUUCCCAACUUUGUGC